ACCAAAUAACAAAACUCACCAACCAUCUUGAUUUACAAGGUGUUCUUGAGCUACAACUCAUAGGACAUAAAACCAUUACUUGCCUCAUACUUCUAUUACUCCUUUUCCUUCUUAUAUAAGUUAAAAUGAGCUGGUCUGGAGGAGAUUGGAUGUGUGGUUCUUGCCAGCACAUAAACUUCAAGAAGAGGGAUGCAUGCCAAAAUUGUGGAUACCCUAAGAUUGGAGGCCCUGAUCCAGAAACAUAUAGAUACAACUGGACCUUGGCAGGGGACUGGUAUUGCAAUGGUAGGAACUGUGGAGCACACAACUAUGCUAGCAGAACAAGCUGUUAUAGAUGUGGUGCAUUGAAAAGUUCUUAUUCUUGUGGAUUUGGUGGAAACAUGGAAGCCUCUGAUUGCAAUUACCCUCCAGGAUGGAAAACUGGUGACUGGAUUUGUACUAGAUAUGGCUGUGGAGUGCAUAACUAUGCAAGCAGAACAGAAUGCUUUAAGUGCAAAACACCUAAAACUUUUGGUGGUUCAGAUUGAAAGAAGAAUUUCAGAUGUCACUGACUUUCUUCACAGUUUUCUUCUGCGAAUAACAUUCCAUCUUGUUCUGUUAAGGUCUUGAGUAAUUAUGGACAAAGGUCCUUUGUAGCAUCACAACCUUUGUUUUUGUACUAGGAUGUUUUUCCUUUUGUUAUUGUGCUAGUUGUUUUGACAUGAAACUAAUGAAAAUCAAUAUAUUUUAUGUCA